GGCAAAUUGCAGCGCGGUUCCUUGCGCCGUGGCUCGAGCUCGCUUCCCAGAUUACAUCGCAACCUUAUCAUUGCCGCAGGGCGUCGAGGGAGGGACGGAUAGUCGGCUGAUCCGAGCGUCCGUCCGGGGAUGUCACCGAUCCGGGUGCAGGUGUGCAUUCCCGCUGCCACCAGCGCUGUGUUGGAUAGAUGACACAUUAUCUAUGUCUCGCAUUGUGAGAUUGGCGUUUUUGAGAUCCAGACAACAACAACUCUUGUAUGUGGCAGUCGGAUUCUUAUCCUCGCCCAAUUCUUCGUUACAACUGUUGCUGGCUGGGCUGGGCUAAUCUAAUCUAGUCUAAUGUGAGGGUGGGCGUACCUCACCUCGCCUCGUCUCGUCGUUUGCGUAGCUUGACUUCGCCAACAGAGUCCGCUCCCUUAGGACAUGAGCUAGCCAACAAUAAUGUACUUCAUGUACAUCCCUUCGUCAUGAUGUCGGAUGGGAACCGCUCAAAACUGUUGAUCGAUCAUGGAGGCCCGCCGGCAGUCCAUAGAUUGUUCGCCGAGCAUUGGAUCUCAUCCUUGUGGUCACCGUAUGCGUCCGUUCCGCAAGCGAACUGUGUUGCACAUUUUCUCCUUACUUGUUUUCUGAGCGUCUUCUGUGAAACGGAUUGGAGGCACGAUCGGUUCAAAUCGUACGUAAGGUGACUCCCUACUGUAUUCUGUACGAGGGUCACUUUGGACUUGGGAUGUGGAGAGAAGGCUUGUGACGAGGGGCGACGUGAUGAGUCUGUGGCCUUUGACUGCUGACGUGUAGUGUGUUGCACAGUCGACCAUCUCUGAGGGCAACAUCGAAUUAGUGCCAAAUAUUCUUUGAGAGCCUAAAAGUCGAAUUGCUACUUGCAAAGGAAAGAGUAUGUGCAAUAUCGGUUAGUUCGAAUUUAUGUAACAUGCUACAGUGCACAGACUAUAUGCCCAGUAGCAAAGCCAUAUUCGAUACGGUUGCAAUGCAUUCGCAGGUAUAAGGUAAGUUGAUCAGUAGUGUCUUACAUAAGAAAAGUAGAUUUAGGAUUAACGCAGGAGGUUUCCUGAUCGUUAUAUUUUUUGAAACUGACGGUAAUGUGCACUAUAUUUUUUCUAUGAGGUGUAUUUUUUAGGUAAUUUGUUAGAGUAAACACUCCAUGCAAGGCUUAGGGUCAAAUUCUCAAGUAGAAUUCUUCAAAUUACUCAACCUGUAAUUAACCAAUGGCGAUCGAGAAGUUUAUGUUUCAAUCUCAGCUU